AUGUCUGAUAUUACAAGGGAAGAUCUGAUGCAGGUCCCGCUUGACCAGAAGCUUCAGUCAGAAGCGCAGUGGAGGGUCUGGAUAGGCCAUAUUAAGUCAGCGGCUGUUGCAGAAGAUGUAUGGGAUUAUCUCAAUCCUGAUAAGGCGGACGAUGAGGUCCUACAGGUGCCUGAGGCUCAGAAAGAGCCCUCCUUGCCCCAGGACAACCGCCAGCGAGAGAGAGAUAUAAUGGAGCUCGAGGAUGCUGGGCUUAAGAGAUACACAUUCGCUGUUCAAGCGUACGAUCGUCGCGAUCAGCGCCGACAGAGGUUGUCGAAGACUAUGUCACGUUUGAAUAGUCUUAUCAUCCGAUCAUUAGCCACGGAACACCACUAUCUCGUUGUAGGAGAGGAUUCACCACGGAAGAAGCUGAUGAAACUAUCCGAAACGUUCAAACCAAAGCCCCAGAAUCGUCAGCAACAACUUCGCCGUGCUUGGAGAGAGAUGAUCAGACAAAAGCCUUCAGGAGAUACUAACUGGUUAACUCAGUGGGUUAGUUUAUUCGAAGAAGGCAAGAUCGCAGGUAUACCUGAUUGCUCAAACGGAGAUCACUUCGCGAUCCGAGACUUUCUUGACGCUGUACAAUCAGUUGAUGAUACCUGGUGCACAGCUUGGCGUGAAAAGCUUGCAGAUCAGGACAAAUCUAUUAUGUUUCACGAAGUUAUAGCUAGCUACCGCAGCCGCCGUGGGGAUCUCGCAAUCACUGAAGGCCGGAGGCAGCCAAAGAUAGCGCUAGCUACAUUGAAUGGGGAACCUGAAGCUAAACCUGCGGAAAAGACAUAUCGCAAGAAAUGCCCAUGUGGUAACAGCCAUCCUCAGCAUCACUACUCAAAAUGCUUCUAUCUUAAUGAAUCACUUCGGCCAGAGGGCUGGAAACCACGGGAGGGUACUAUUCAACGGAUUCCUGAAUAUAUCAAGCAGAUGAGCCCUCAAGAUCAGGAGAAAAUCGCAAAAAUACAGCAAAAUAAGGCUGAAUCAGCUUACUUAGCUAGAUUAGCCCAGUCAGAGGGCUCAUCCCUUGCAUUCUUCGCCAACGAUACUCAAUCUAUCGCUGCGUCAGCAAUAGAUGCUGGGUCUCUCAAAGAUAGCUGGAUUCUUGAUACAGGAGCCACCUGUCAUAUCUGCAACGAUCGCCGACAGUUCCUCACAUACAAACCACAAAAUAGUACCGUCAAAACCGGUCAAACAGUAACACCAAUGAUUGGCUAUGGGCAGGUCAAGAUCACUGGGAGACACCCUCGUACAGGCGCUGCAGUGCCUAUUACCCUGGAUAACGUGUGGUACUCGCCUGGGUUUCAUACAAGCUUGAUCUCACUCUCUGUAAUCGAAGACAAAGGAUUCUGUUUCAAAUCUGAUAGAAGAGCAAUCUUCAAGGGUAAAGAUGCUGUUCUUGAGAUAGAGAAGCAUCAUGGCCUCUACACUGUGAUAUACAAUCUGAAUCAACAAGCAGCAUUUUCCCGUGGUGGGCACCCCGGAACAGAACGGCUUUGCGGAGCGAUCUGGGGGGGUGGUAAUCACUGUGGCGCUCGUGCUCUUAUAGCUGAUGCAGGCCUCCCAAAGAGUUUAUGGCCAGAAGCCAUUAGAGCUGCUAUAUGGAUCAUCAACAGAUCGCCCACGAAGUUGCCAGACGGCCGGUGGAUAGUUCCUUAUCAAGAGGCUUUCCUUAACCAGCCACAACAGCGUGUCAACCUCGCAAAUCUAAGGAUCUUUGGCUGCCGAGCGUACGUGCGAAAGCAAGCUAUACCGCACGCGGCUAAGAUGGAGCUACGUGCUGAGAUAGGCUAUCUCGUCGGCUAUGAAGCUUCAAAUAUCUGGAGAGUGUGGUUUCCACGCAGAGGAGCCGUACGAUCAGUGAGAGAUGUUGUUUUUGAUGAAAACGUAUUCUUCAACGCUCAGGAGCUGGAGAAGAAUCCUGCUAGCGAUAUCUUAGGGUCUAUGCCAUGGAUAAUUGAAGAUGAGGAUACUGACCAGAGUACCACUGAAACAAGCCUGGAUAUACCUCAACCAGUCGAAAUCACUGUGAACUUACAGACAACUGAGCCACAGAGCUUAGCUAAGGCUCCUCAGAAGGAAAUAGUUACCUUACCGCCAGCAGAGCCUCAACAGAUGAUAUCACCAUCACCUACACCAUCUGUUCAGCCAGUACAGGUUCCAGGGCCUUCCCAGCACCAUCAAAUCAUGAUCUUCAAGAUCAACUCACUGAACAACUUCAAAGUGAACUCUCAGCAGCUACUCCUACACAAGGGGCCCGAAUUGCGCCUAGAGAUAUUAUAG